CCUUUUUUGGCGGUGGGGGAUUUGAGCGGGACGGUGAGGAGAGGAGAGGAAGGAUGCCGAAACUAAAGAAGAAACCGCAUAAAGAAACGAUUUAAAUUGCCGGUUAAUCCUGAUGCUCCUUGCAACAGAACGACCAAAGGGAAAGCUGGCAAUUUGACAAAGCUAAGUGUCCUGCCAAAUGUUCAAUUAAAAAAAAUGGAAACAUUCACAGGCAGCAUGUGUGGAAAGUUAAACUGGAAUUACCUGUUCGAGUUAUUGUAGUGAAGACAAGUCACGAUGACCUUAGAUUUAAUCCUGUCUCUUUGCUACAGGCUGUAACAACAAUAAAAACGCUAUCAGGUUCCUCACAUUGAAUCACCAAAACUUCACAACAUGCAGAGCGCCAUCUUGUCACUCUCACAAUAACUUUAUUGACAAUCUCGCGACAUUGGUUAAAGUCCAAAAAGAUGCACUCUUCCCGCCGGUGAACCAAGGUUAAUUUCAGCAGGAUAAUGGAUGAGCCGCCCAUUCGCCGCGUUGUUCUCCCAGUCACACGGCUGAUGGUGCAGCUAGAAGGUGGAUGCUACAGUUCAUUGCUGAUAUAGACAGUGAUAAUACAAAAUACUGCCAGAUGCGGUCAGUCUCAUUUUCAUAAUCCUGCAGUUGCUGCCAGGGACGGGGAUAAUGGCGGCCAAGACGUCUGCGCUCUGACGUCAUUGGAAUACGGUCUAUGGGAUAUACAGAGAGUCAGGUGGUUCAGGAUGCGCCUGCAUCUACUAAAGAGUGAAACUUUAUGUAACAGUUUGCAUAAGCUUUUCAGGAGACGCGCCCUACAGAAAUGAAGAGCAAAGAUCCAACAUCAGGAGAAAAACAUACCAAUCUCGACAUAAUGUAUUUUCCUCUGUUUGCUAAUAUUUGUGAUGCAAUAUGCUGCAGAUUGGACUAUAACAGUAUACUGAAAUGUUGGGUGUGGUUAUUGUUGGGAUUGGCACCGCUGGCAGAGUUCGGGUCAGUGAUCUGCUGAAUCCAUUGCCAAACAGUGCCAUAGAAAAGCUUAAACCCAUGGGUUUUGUCUCCAGGCGGACAUUAGGCAACAUACAGCAAGUGAAACAGAUUACACUGGAGGAAGCUCUACAGAGUGAUGAAAUACAAGCUGCCAUCAUCAGUUUGGAGAAUCAGUUUCAUGAGGAUUACGUGAGAAUGUUUCUGGAGGCAGGAAAGCAUGUCUGUGUGGAAUAUCCAAUGGCACUCUCAGUGGCUGCAGCCCAAGAACUAUGGGAUCUUGCUGAUAUCAAAGGAAAAGUUCUACAUGUGGAGCACAUAGAAUUACUGACAGAAUCAUACAAGCAGUUGAAACAGCAAGUGAAUGGAAAAGAGCUGAUAGAGGGUUCCCUGCAUUUCACAGGUGGACCUCUAGAUAGACAACGCACCGGAUUCCCUGCAUUUAGUGGAAUAGCACGUCUAUCAUGGCUUGUGGAUCUCUUUGGGGAGCUCACUUUUAAAUCUGCUACAUUGGAAGAACAACAAAAGCAGCAUUACUGGAAGAUGAUGGUACAUUUCCUUACUAAAAGUAGCAGACCCCUAGUGUGGACUGAGGAAAGAGGACCAGAGUUGAAACGCAAAAAAGAAAUACAUUUCCGGUUCAAAUCAGAUACCUUGGAUCAUUUUCUAGAAGCACCUAAUAGCCAUGUUGGACUAUUCAUGCAAGACCUCAAUUUGUUUGCCCAGAAAUUAGCAGGCCAAACACGCACUGAACUCUCUGAAAAGAAUCGCAUCCUGCACUGUCUGGACCUGGCAGAUAAGAUAAGAAUUUUCUGUGAGCAGAGUCCACCAAGCUAACAAUAAUUGCACUUCCUCGGUCUUCUGCAAAUAAAAUUGUUGUUCAGAAUUAAUAUGUAGGCCUAGAUUUUUAAGUUCUGAUUAAUAGGGUUGCCUGUUUUAGACCUUUUCACCACAUAUUAAUAAUAAUUUACUGCUUAAAAAUGUGUUGCUGGAAAAGCACAGCAGAUCACGCAGCAUCAAAGGAACAGGAGAAUCGAUGUUUCGGGCAUAAGCCCUUCUUCAGGAAUCAAUAAUAAUAAUACUAAUAAUAACAAAAGAUAAUAGAUACCCUGAUCUUAAGGGAUUAGAUAACUUCCAAGCAGUUGAAUGGACAUUUCGAUCUGAUUUUUCUGGAUUGCUUUUUGUUUUGUUUACUUAUGUUGUUAAUUGUUAAAAUGUCAGAUGACUGGAGGUAGGAUUUUUGUUACUGUGUGCAUAACUUUUGUAUUAAGCAAUAAACAGAGAAAGAGUUACAA